CAAAUGCCACAAUGCAGGAGCAACCAGGAUUCAGAAAUCAGGAAUUCAGGAUUCAGGAUUCAGGAAUGCACGCGGGGGACAAUUGUUGUGGGAAGGCAAUUGUUGACUUUCAUGCGUGAUUCCAUCCUGCAGCGAAACCUUGGACAGCCUGCAAUUUUGCAGCUAUCGAAAGAAACUACCUAAAUCUUUGUCUGCUCUCAAAUCCAUGCAUGUUUUUGGAGCUGUGAUGCGCCUUGCACUAGUGGUACCCAUUGUACCCCUUUCUACCACAAAAGACUUGGGAAGCUGACAACGUUGGAGUACCUACAAGCACUAGAAAUUUCUUGGGCCGGGUAGGCAGAGCUGAAAGGUGAAAGCUACUUCCAAAAGCCAUUGGCAGAAAGGUGUCUGGUGUCAGAGCAAAAGGUGAUUCCAAGCAUGUUUUGAAGUCUUACUGGAAGCGGCCCUUCCUGAAGAAUCGUCUUUAAGCUCUGUGGCAAAGCAAAUGCAGUGAGCUCAAAGACUGCCUAUUGUUGAUCCCCAAGGUACCGUAGGUCCACAACUCGAGGAGAGCGAGGGACGUACACAGAUUUUCUGUCCUUCCUGACCAGGGUGUCACAUCGAAGAUUGUACUACCUUCACUUUUCCUCAAACAAGUGAUGCGGCUGAUCUGAAACACAGACUUGUGGAUAUCAAAGGAAGGUCCUGCGACCAGCUGCAAGAGGGAGUCAGGCAGCUUCGCUGCACGAUAGUAAAGGUCUGACAACCAAACAGCAGGGACAUAUGCACAGCCGCAAAUGUGAUUGAGCUCACAUACUCCUGGCCAUAGUUGUAACCUUGAGCUUUCGCACGGGCUGUAGAGCCGUGGUUUCCUGAACCUUAGAAGGUUCUGUCCUGUUUCCUACAGCGCGGAUAUCAAGGCCCAUCAGCAACUCGGUCAUCUUGUUUGCCAUUGCCGGUUUGCGUCGCCUAUACAGCCGUCUUUGUUUCGCUGCUGUUCAAAAUGACGAUGCCCGAGAAGGUCAUCCUGUCUCCAGAAGACCCCCUGGCUUGGCUGCAAAAGCAGAUAAGCAGCAGGCCCUUGACGGGCCUCCUUUUCGAGAAGGGGCCCUGGUGCCCUUGGUGCGUGCACGAAGUCAAGCAGUGGAUGGGGCAGCUGCAGCGCUUACAGGGCCUCGGAGGGGCGCUCUUAAUUGUGACAGCGCAGUCCCAAGAAAAGCUCGUGGACUCUCCAGCGGAUUGGGGCCGGCCGGAAGUUCCUGUCAUCAGUGACCCAAUCAACAUCCUGGCCACCGAGAUGGGGAUAGCUGUUGAGAAGAGAGCGAUGCUGCCGAGCUUGCAACCCAUCUAUGAGGCAUACAAGGAUGGGGUUAACCAGGUGGGCUUCGUCUUCUUCAACCAGAGCGGGGAGGAAGUCGUCGGCUGGGGAGCAACCCCCACCGAGAACAACCUGGGGGGGUCGUUAGAUAGACCUGUGCCAGCCCAAGUCAUGGACUUCUUGGAGCGAAAGCUCCUGCAGCCCCGGCCGCAGCCCCGGGGUCACGACCUCAACAACAAGGUCAAGCUAACCAUCCAAGUCAAAGCGAAACCCAUUGUCGAAGAAGCGGAACCCGAUUUCGCGGCGAUCGAGCUCGACGAUUACGCCCAGGUGGUGGAGGACGUUUUCGACGCUCUGCCGCAAGACCUGCAGGCGCUGGUCCUGAAAGAGAAGCGGCUCCCACAAAGUUCGAGAAGGUUAACGGCGGAGAUGUGAGGAGAGCUUUUACGUGCUUAAACUUGAAAGGCCGAAAAGGCCUAGGCACUUGUUUCGAAGCCGCCAGCAUCUGUGCUGGUUCCAAGCAGCUGUCAGAUGAGAUGGGUACGGACAGAUACUUGCUGCGGCAAUCGACGGAGAGUAGAAUUUCAGCAGUAUCAUACUAUUACGUUGUCUAGCUUUCCAUAGGGUUUGAAGUGCAUAGCAUGAGGGAAAGUACAUGCUCGCGACGACGCUACUAGUUGUUAAAAUGUACAGCGGCUGAUGAAACUAACCAGACAACGUGAAGUGCGUCAAAAGUCGAGUUCAGCGUCAAAGACGGUCCGCUUUCAUCUCAAAGGAGACCCAAAGGACGUUGAUUACGGUCGACCAGGUUUGCGAGUAUAAAAAGACACGUUUCUGUAGCAACCCUUGUUCUGACACGUCGCAGUCUGAAUAAAGUCAGAUUUCGCGUGCUGAAAAGUGAUCUAUCAUUUACCCAAGCAUCUGCUGAAGUUAAGCACCUGUAAUGUAAGAUUCCUUGUAUGAGAAUAAGACCGCGG